AUGUAUAUUUGUAGUGCCAAAAGUAACGAUUUUCUUUGCAAUGAUCAUUUGUACAGGUUUCUGCUCUACAAAAAAAGAGAAUCAUUCCGGACUGAGGAUUCUGAUGAUUACAAAACUACACUCAUCCAUAGCAACGGGGUAUUCAGAACUCAUAUCUCUGAUAUGACUGGAAUAAGAAGAGUGAUAGUAGUUCCUAGUAGGUUUAUUCAUAAUGCGAAAUCGCAACCUAUGACUUUUGAAGGAAAUUGCAACAAAAUUGAAGGUUCAGAUGAAGAAAGAAUGGAGAACGUGUUUGGAGGCAGAAUUAGAGGUGAAGUUCCAAAGUCUACAAGUCGGAUACUGACAGCCAAAGGCCGUAUGAUUGGUGGGAUUUAUGUUCCUGCCAGACCAAUCCAACCCGAUAACUGUUGUAUGUCUGGUUGCGUCAACUGUGUUUGGAUCCUAUAUAACGAUGAUCUAAGGGAUUGGAGAUUACAAAGAAAAUUGGCAGCCAACGCAAUCAACGGAACCGGUCUAGUCUGGCCGGAAGAUUUUGACCCUCCUCUAAAGUACCUAGAUAUAUCAAACGUCCCUCCCAAUCUUCAAAGAAAUAAGAUUCAAUUAGAGCAGAAAACAAAGGUAGAUACGGCUAAUCUCUUUUCUGUACGAGACCGUCCUCUUCCUGCCAGUGUAAUAGAGGCACGAAAACGUAAGCUGGCAGCUGCUGCGGCUGCAUCUGGUGCUACACCUGCUAAAGCGAACACUAAAGAUGCUAUUUCCACUGAAAACGAAGAUAAUGAUGAAGGAUGGGACAAUGUUCCUGUGUUCUUUAAGGCAUUUGCAGAGUUUGAAAAAAAAAAAGAACGAAUAAAAAUCACAAAGGUAUCAAGAAUCAGCGAAGGUAAAUCCUUAAUGCAUCAAUUCAUUAUGUCAUAUACUGUAUGCAUCUUCGAUAAGCACUUUUUUUAA